CUUCUCUCUGAUCUAUCUAUCUAUCUAUAAAAACUUUCUAAACUCACGAGUCAACUCAACUUAGCAAGUGACGUUUCAAGGGCAACAAAGAGUUUACGUGCAAAGAAGUUAUACUAAGAACAUGGGAGCUUGCAGUUCACGUGAAUCUCGGAGAACGGAGACGGCGAAGCUGAUAUUACCAGACGGAACGUUACAAGAGUUCUCAACGCCGGUGAAAGUGUGGCAGAUUCUUCAAAAGAAUCCUACGAGCUUUGUUUGUAACUCCGACGAUAUGGACUUCGACGACGCCGUUUCAGCUGUUUCUGGCAGCGAUGAUCUUCGACCUGGAGAGCUAUACUUCGUUUUACCUUUGACAUGGCUUAACCAUCCGUUAAGAGCAGAGGAAAUGGCGGCUUUAGCGGUUAAAGCGAGCUCUGCCCUUGCCAAAAACGGUGGAGGCGGUUUGAGUUAUAAUAACAAAGAAGAUAUUGUUGGUGAGUGUAGAGUUAAGAGAGUAAAGAGAAAUAGUUGCGGCGGAAGAGGAUGCGGUGGUGGUGGUAAAGGGAGGAGGAAGUUUACGGCGGAGUUGAGUUCUAUAGCUGAGUAGUGAGCUGGUAAAUUUGGUUAGUAAAUGUGUAAAUUGUCCCAACUUGUAAUUAGAAACUUUUAACUUUUCUUUAUUUACCAUAAAAAGAUAGCAACUUGAUUUCGCUA